AUGGCGUCUUCGGGGAUAGGGCUCGCCCGACCGUCCCAUCGUCUCCACCUCGCCCUACGCGCCCACCCGCUGCGUCCGCGCCCCGCUGCUCCUCCUUGUUCCUCGCCGCCCCGUUCCCGCUUUGAGUCCCACUGCAGGACCUUUGCCGCGUCUGCGCGCCGCUUUGACUCUGGCCAGCACCGGAGCAAAGAGUCGUUCCGCUCGAGACUUGGCGCGGCUCUUAAGAACACAAAGAUCGAGUGGAAACCCAUCCCCAUCGCGCUUGGCGUCGGCUUCUUGGGCGUUUUCCAGUUCUAUCGCAUCCAGCGCGAUGCGAAGACCCAGGAACGUGACGACGACAGCUCGUACGCGGGUAGUGACAAUGGCGAUGGAGAAAGACCGCCGAAGAGGAAGAGAAUCCGGCCCAGCGGCCCAUGGCAAGUUCAGAUCAUGUCUACUUUGCCCCUCAAGGCCCUGUCACGUCUUUGGGGACGGUUCAACGAACUCAACAUCCCGUAUUACCUGCGAGUCCCUGGCUUCAGGCUAUACUCGUUCAUUUUCGGCGUAAACCUCGACGAGAUGGAAGAACAAGACCUGCACAAAUACCCAAACCUGGCCAAGUUUUUCUAUCGCACUCUUAAGCCUGGCGUGAGGCCGAUUGAUCCCAACCCGAAUGCUAUCGUGUCACCCGCCGACGGCAAGGUCGUGCAAUUCGGAACCAUCGACAAUGGUGAGGUCGAGCAGGUCAAAGGAGUGACGUAUAGCUUGGAUGCUCUUCUGGGAAGCCACCCUCCGAGUAGACGUAAUUCGGAUGCCGGAUCCAACAUUGCUUCUUCGGCGUCAUCACCAAAACCAAGCCAGCAGCGCACAACCGACGGAGACCAAGAAGUCAUCAAGGCCGACGAGGAGUUUGCCCAUGUUAAUGGUAUUUCGUACACGCUUCCAAACCUCUUUUCGGGCCCGCCAAGUGGCAAAAGAGGCAAGAUCUCGGAUCAGUCAACACCUCACAGCGCGUCUGCCGAGGCUGAGGUUCGCGCGGAUCUCGAGUUGGGUAAACGGCCUUGGUGGAGUCCUAUGACUACGCAGGAGCCCACUGCUCUCUACUACUGCGUGGUGUACCUUGCUCCAGGGGACUACCACCGAUUCCACUCCCCCGUAAGCUGGGUUGCCGAGUCUCGGCGUCACUUUGCCGGCGAGCUGUAUAGCGUUUCCCCUUAUCUGGUGCGGACUUUGCCCGGUCUCUUCACACUAAACGAACGAGUUGCCAUUCUUGGGAGAUGGCGCUGGGGCUUCUUCUCCUACGUCCCUGUCGGUGCCACCAACGUUGGAUCGAUUGUGAUCAACUUUGAUCGCGAGCUGCGCACCAACAGCCUGACCACGGACACUGCUGCCGACCGCGCGGCAGCAGAGGCGCAGGAGCGCGGGGAAGCGUACUCGGGCUAUGCAGAGGCAACCUAUGAUGGGGCUAGCCAUGUGCUUGGUGGCCAUGCUCUGAAGAAGGGAGAAGAGAUGGGCGGUUUCCAGUUGGGAAGUACGAUUGUGCUCGUAUUCGAGGCGCCGAAGCCUCAGAGAAAAUCAAGUCUCGAUGAAGGAUUCACUGGCACGACGGGAGGCUGGAAGUGGACCAUUGAACAGGGUCAGAAGCUCAAGGUCGGGCAGGCAAUGGGAUAUGUGCAGACUGAUUAG